UGCGCCUCGCUUAUCUGCCUUCAGCCACGAUGCUGGCGAGUAUCCGUAGUAGAGCCGACUAGCAGCGAUCUUCGUUCCACACAUUCGUAUGUGUCACAGCCAGAUUAAAGCUAGGUCCCAGCGGGCCUAGCAUGGGCCACUAUGAAUCCACCCGCUGCCGGCAAAUCGAGCACUCGCGCCUCUGGGUACCACCAGAAGGCUUUAGCUGAGAUUCGCAACUCAUUACUGCCAUUUGCGAAUAUCGGCGGGGCUGGUGAGGUGGGUUCCAGCGCAGCCAGCACUAUCUCUACCGUGUCCACGACCAGUGGCAUUAGCUCUGCCUCAGGUCUCAGCGGGCUCUCUGGCGCCUCUGGUUCCGCCGCUGACAAGUCGGAUCAGCGACAAGCGUUGGGACAAUUAUUAACUAUGGGAUAUUCAGAAGAAAUAGGAUUGCGUGCCUUGAAAUUCGCGGGAUGGCGACUGGACGCAGCGAUAGAAUAUUUGAAGCAGGCUCAAGCGGAAUCUUUAAAUGGGCUCGGCAAACUCAACACUAAACUCAUCAGGAAACCGAGUCUCGAGAGGGAACUGAACCUGCAACGCGGUAGCCCCGCGUUGGAUAGCGGGGCGGGCAGUUCACGAUCCGACAGCCCGCGUCUCACGGAACUCGGCACGCAUCCGCAACUGAGCCGUCAGUACUCGCCGAGUAACUUCGUAGAUCGUGAACCGCCGCCGCCACCGCCACCGCGGUGUAGCUCGACGCCACCGCCACCGCCGCCACCUCACGCACCGUACAGUCAGUCCAAUGUGCCUACCAACAUGCAGCAGAUGCUCAAGCGGAUGUCACCUGCGCCGGUCGUGCCGACGAGAUCGACGGCGACUGCACCCGGCACGGCCGGCGCCACAUCAACGUCAGUAAACCCACCGCAACGCGGCACUAGUCCGGUGGCGAACGCCAACAGCUCCGGCAGCCGUCAGCCGAUGAUCGUGCAAAACGGUCCACAGGUACAGCAGCAACUGACACAGCAAAUGCAAGCGCUCAGUAUUUAUCAAGCGAGCAACAGCAGCGCGAAUAGUCAGGUCGAACCUCCGCCGCCGUAUCCUAUAGUCCCAUCCUCGUCCUCCGGUCAGUCGGUGCAGCCGCCUUCUUAUAGCGUUUCCAUGCAAAAUCGGCAGAGUCCCACGCAGUCGCAGCAGGAUUAUCGUAAAAGUCCGUCGUCGGGCAUCUACUCGGGCCCGACAUCCGCCGGUACACCCAGUCCCAUCACCGUAUCCACUAUAUCGCCUAGCAGCACGCAAACGUCGAUGGCGCGACCGACGCCGUUGCAGGCUUGGGGUGCACGGCAGGCCAAGACGCAGCCGCCGAUCAUCAUGCAAUCGGUGAAGAGCACGCAGGUGCAAAAACCAGUGCUGCAGACUGCCAUCGCUCCCACGGCACCGCAGUCAAUCUCCACCAGCAGUAAUACGCCACCUCCGCCACCGUCUUACGCGUCGUCCAUUCAGCAGAAGCAGCAGCAGCAACAACCACCACCACCCGCUUAUCCGCCCGUGAAUAACGUGGCCGCCUCGCCCGCCGGUAUACCAACAACGGAACCGCCAAGUUACGCCACGACGAUGCAGGCAUUAGCGGCGCAGCGUGGUAUGCACCAUCCGUUACCGCCGCCACCUUACAGCACCCCUGGUGAGGACGCCGCAAUCAUUUCCUCCUCGAUGGAGAGCGGCGGCGGGGGCGGCGCGUCGCGAACCUCACCUGUCGCCCAUCAUCCACCGCUUCAAAGGAAGUAUUCUCCGGCUGAAAACUGCCAACACACGAUGGACGCGCCACCGUUGCCGCCGGUUGCCUCGACCUCUGUAUCUACGCGAAACAACAACAAUAAUCAUGCAUCCUUGCCCGAGGGAAGCGCAGUCGGCGCCAAGAGUGGCAGCGGCACUAAAGGCGACGGCAGUGGUGGUCCGCCCUCGCCCUACAAAAUUAAGCACCAAUCUCCCAUACCCGAGCGCAAGACCAUGAGUAUAGAGAAGGAAGAGGAGCGCAGGGACUGUAAGGUGAGAAAUUACUCUCCCCAGGCUUUCAAAUUCUUCAUGGAGCAGCACGUGGAGAACAUACUCAAGUCGCACAAGCAACGUCUCUAUCGCCGUAUGCAGCUGGAGACGGAGAUGGCGAAGAUCGGCCUGAGCGCGGAGGCGCAGUGCAUGAUGAGGAAGAUGCUGUCGCAGAAAGAGUCCAACUAUAUUAGACUAAAACGGGCGAAAAUGGAUAAGUCGAUGUUCACGAAGAUCAAGCCGAUCGGCGUUGGCGCGUUCGGCGAGGUCACGCUUGUGAGAAAGCUCGACACCAACCAAUUUUACGCGAUGAAGACUUUGCGCAAGGCCGACGUGCUGAAUCGCAAUCAGGUCGCUCACGUGAAGGCCGAGCGAGAUAUACUGGCGGAAGCCGACAACGAGUGGGUCGUCAAGCUCUAUUACUCAUUCCAGGAUAAGGAUAAUUUAUAUUUUGUAAUGGAUUACAUACCUGGCGGGGACUUGAUGUCGCUAUUGAUUAAACUCGGCAUCUUUAAGGAGCCACUGGCGAGAUUCUAUAUCGCCGAACUCACGUGUGCAGUUGAAAGUGUUCAUAAAAUGGGAUUCAUUCAUAGGGAUAUUAAGCCGGAUAACAUUCUAAUCGAUCGCGAUGGUCAUAUCAAAUUGACCGACUUCGGUCUCUGCACAGGAUUCCGUUGGACUCACAAUUCUAAAUAUUACCAACAAAACGGCCAUGGUAAACAAGACUCAAUGGAUCCAGCUGACGAUUGGAAUAACGAGUGUCAAUGCAUACAGUUAAAGCCAUUAGAACGUAGAAGACACCGGGAACAUCAGAGAUGUUUGGCGCAUUCUCUAGUUGGGACACCGAACUAUAUUGCGCCGGAAGUCCUACAGCGUACAGGAUACACACAGUUGUGUGAUUGGUGGAGUGUAGGAGUAAUUUUGUAUGAAAUGUUAGUUGGUUCUCCACCAUUUCUUGCCAAUACUCCUGCUGAAACUCAAUAUAAGGUUAUUAAUUGGGAAACAACGCUUCACAUACCGAAGCAGGCAAAUCUUUCACCGGAAAGUAUGGACUUAAUCUUGAAACUCUGCGUCGGUGCUGAUCGUCGUUUAGGUAAAAAUGCGAAUGAAGUUAAAAAUCAUCCGUUCUUUGCGAGUAUCGACUUCGAGAAAGGAUUGCGGCGCCAAAUGGCCCCGCACAUACCUCGUAUAGAGUAUCCGACCGAUACGAGCAAUUUUGAUCCCGUGGAUCCAGAUAAACUACGCAAUUCUGAAUCGUCAGAUUCGAAUAAAUCGGACGAAUUGUUGGAUAACGGAAAGCCCUUUCACGGCUUUUUCGAGUUUACGUUCAGGCGCUUCUUCGAUGAUGGCGGUGGUCCCGCAUAUCCUAAUCGAAUUAGCUUGGAUGACAAUGACAAUCAAGGUCCCGUCUAUGUAUGACAUUAGGCCAAAUUUACAAUUCGCCGUCUGCUAUUUCCCAGUUUUGAUUGUCUAUCGUCAGCAUGUUCGUUUUUCAUUUCAAGAUGUCUAGAGCUAUUUAUAGUUUGUUGUUAUUUCACGAUUGUCUUAAGUAUUGUAAUGUUUUAAGAUACUGGCACUGUGAUUGAUUCACAACACAUUAAGACUAUACUUAAGAUGGUCUUAAAUAUAAGAAUGAACUAUGAAUACCAACCAAGAUUUUAUUAGCUUUUCAGAUGUGAUCAUAUUCUCUAUCUAAUAUCUUAUCUGUUUCCUGACUUACAAAUCUAUAAAUCUAUAUUUAUAAUGAAACGUUCUUUUCUUCAAUGGAUUUCAUUAAUAAUCACAAUUUACUAAUUAAGAAUCUGAAGAGAUUUUAGGGUAUUUUUACAAUUUUUUACUUCUUCAUAGACAGCUUAUUAAAAUGAAGUUCAUUAAGCAUGCUUACAAGAAUCGCAACAUUCUUUUUCUUCUUUUUAUUUUAUCAGGCUCUUAUGCAAAGUAAAAGAAUGAAAACGAUUGUAACCAGUAAUCUUCAAUUCAUUUGUUGUUGAAACUGGUUUCUUAUUUAACUGGAAUAAAAUUUGAAGAAAGUUGUAUCGGUAAAUCACUUAUUUGCUAAAUGUGUUAAAAUUUUAAUUAUAAAUUAAUCAAAAUGUUAUCUAAAUGUUUAUGUAAAAUUUUU